UAAGGAUUAUCGGAAUUUUUCAGUGUUCUGUUAUUUCGUGAUCGCGAAUUUUUCGAUCGUAUAUUUCGUCGCGAAAAACUCCGAUUAUGGUCUAAUUAGUGAAUAAUUUUCGUCGUGAUAUAAUUUCGGAUAGAUCGCGUGAUACUAUAAGAGUGAUAAUUUAUCACAUUUCGGUUCAACAUGUCGCUGUUAUUCGCCGAAUUGACAGCCACUUGUAACGCAUUAGGAUACGCCGUAGCUGGUAAAACCAAAUACCUCUUGGAUAACGAAUGCAAAGAGGCUGUACGUGAACUCAUUCGAUUCUUGAGACGUGACGAUGAAACACACGAGAUUCGAAGAUACUUGGGUACCGCUAAAAUUCUAGAAAAAGAUUUAGUACCGAUUCUAAUUCAUCGACAUAGUAACGAAGAAAUAUUAGAUUUGUUAUUGAGACUUUUGGUCAAUUUAACGACACCGACGUUAUUGCUGUAUAAUGAAGAAGUACCAACGGAAAGAACAGCUCGCCAGUAUUAUCAAAGUAUCGUAAAAUCAUUACAAACUUACAAGCAAGCUUUCGUUGAUAAAAAUCUAUGGGCUGUUUUGAGCGAAAAGUUGACCAGUCUUUUAGCCUUGGAGUGGAGCGACAGAGGCGAAGAAAAAAGCUUGAUUAUUGUUCGUAUAUUGAUCCUAGUCCGGAAUAUACUCCACAUACCUGUUGAUACUGAUACCGAACGUAGACCAGAUAACGAUGCCAGUAUUCACGAUCAGGUUUUGUGGGCGCUUCACGAAGGCGAAAUGAUUAAUUUAAUUUUAUACAUCGCAGCUUCGGAAAACGAGCAGCAGUAUUAUUUUCACGUUUUAGAGAUUAUAUCGUUAAUGUUACGCGACCAAAAUGCCGAGACUCUGGCAAGCUCGUCGCUGCAGAGGAGCGACGAAGAGAAGCAACGCGACCUGCAGGAGCUAAUGGCUGUUCGUAAGAAAGAGGUGGAAGACAGACAAAAGAAAAUGAAGAAGCAUAUUGCGGCUCGGCAUUCCAGAUUUGGUGGUACGUUUGUCGUUAAAGGAGUGAAAUCCAUCAGCGAUAACGAUCUCGUCGUACAUUCGCUGAACAAUCAGAUUACAUCGUCGUUUGAUACAAAAAAGCAUAAACUGAAAACGCCGAAAAAUCGAGCCCCGAUGCAGUGCGACUCUGUCGAAAGAAGAUCAGCAUUCAGUGUACGAGUUUUAAUGAAGGAAUUCUGCGUAGAAUUUUUAAACGGAGCUUAUAACGGACUGAUGCGUUAUAUAAGGGAAAUGCUGGCUCGUGGUAAAGCUCAAUCGAACGACGAAUCGUAUUAUUUCUGGGCGAUGAGGUUUUUCAUGCAGUUUAAUCGGUGUUAUAAAUUCGAAGUGAAGCUGAUUAGUGAAACUAUGUCGAUACAGAUAUUCCACUUUAUUCAAGAAAGACUCGAAGACUGGAGAGCCAACUUGAUAAUUGAUAAAAAGAAAAUCUAUCUGUGGUCUAAACGAAUGCAUUUAGCGUUGAAAGCGUAUCAGGAAUUACUAAACACGCUGAUGAAAAUGUACCAAAGUCAAGAUAAAGGUGUACGGGAUUCGUCGCAUACCAUUAUGAGUAAUAUAUUUUACAUCGUCGAAUAUCGCGAAUUGCUGAUGAGUUUGUUGAAUUUAUUCGACGAAAUUAAGUUUUCCAAAGAAUACCUGAAGGAUUUAAUCGAGUCGAAUCACGUUUUCAUGAAGAUGUUGGAACAUUAUUGUAAACGUCACCGAGCGCUGGUGGUGCAGAAUAAACCCAAAGCUGUUAGAAGGAAGAAAAAAUCCAAAAAAUCUGCAAAACAAACGAAAGACUUAACGGCCGAAUGCACCGAAGAAAAAUGGAACGAAAUGGAAUCGAAAAUUAGCGAUAUUAUUGAAAAGCGAGACGAACUGACUGUUCAGUCUUUACCAUUCGACGCGGCUUCCGACGUACCAUUCGAAGAACAAAAGGUCGAAGCGAUGCGUAGAAUACGAUUAUUUUUGGUUAAAGGCGAUACCGAAGAAGCGAUCGGAUUGUUUCGUGCUUGCAGAGAAGUUUGGCCGGAAAACGAUUGUUUCGGCAGCGCGAGUAUGUCUAGCAGCGAGGAAUGUGCCGCUUUGAAAGAAAUAUUUUCCGCCGAUAUCGGCUUCCCGACAGCUGCCACCGAAAUAAAUGAACCUAGCGAAGAGGAAAGUGAAGAUGAAAGUGAAAACGAAGAAGCAAUGGCGGUUAAUAUUCAAGUCAAUGAACAGAGUUUCCAAUUUGAUGACUUUAUGAAAAAAUUCGCGAAACAGAAAAUAGUAUACGCCUGUUGCUUGUUACUCGGACAGUUCGAAAAAAAUACGCCGUUCACGAAUCAUUGUGUUUGUAAAUUACUACACAGAAUCGCUUUCGAUUGCAAAUACUCGUCGAUAUUAUUUCAAGCUUCUGUUUUUCGAACGUUUCAACGGAUAUUGGACUCAACGGAAGAACAACACAAAGAGUUGCAAAAAUUCGCCGUCUUCAUUGUACGCAAAUUCAUCGAAGUAGCCAAGAAAAAUGAUAAAGUUUACAUGGAGCUGUUGUUUUGGAAAGGACACAAAGAAGCUUAUGAAAUUGAAGAAGGUUACGGAUCGUUGGCCAGCGCCAAUUCCGGCAAAGUGGCCUGGACCGAAGAACAAGAAGACGAGCUACGAAGAUUAUCCGCCGAGUACGAGAACGAUAAACCCUCAGAAGAUAUGGUAGAUUGGAUACACCGUAACCUCAUCGACCAGUCUAGAAGUCGCAAAAGUCUGAUGAAAAAAUUACGCGAAUUGUAUUUAAUCGUCGGACCUCAAAAGCGUAAAUCAAGCAGUAGUAGGCCACCGAGAGAAUUUUCCGAAGCUGAAGUAGCUCAGAUAACGCAAUUGUUUAAUGAAUUCCGGGAAGCUUAUGAUGUAAUCGGCUGUAUUAUGGAACGACUGGAUAUCCAAAGACCGAAGAAACGUAUCGUUGAUAAAAUUCUGGAACUCGGUUUGGUUCAAGAUAGACGAGAAUUACGUAAGAAGAAAACAACCACCUCGAAUAAAUCCAAUCCAAUUGUCGAAGAUAGCAGCAGCGAUGAUAGCGAUGAAUCUAGCGACGACGAUGAACGUGAUAACAGAACUGUUGCCAAGCAAGUGAAUAUGGCCCAUUGUUUGGUCUCGAGCGAUGUCAUAUCGAGCACGAAGACUGUCUUGAAUUUAGGCAUGAAAGAAGCUCUGGACUGGAUCGAAACCUCGUUGAACGAAGUUCUCGAAGAACUUGGCGAUGACGAAGAAGAUGUACCUAUUUUACCUCUGGCUGAUUACUCGAUCAAGGCCAUAGACGAUAAAGAUUUCCAAACUUUCUUGAAAGCUAUCGGUAUCAAACCCCCUGCAGAUUCGCAGGAGACUUAUUGGAGAAUUCCUGGUACUUGGCAAGCGAAUGAUAUACGUAAAAGGAUUUAUUUGAUGAAAAUGGCCGAGAACGGGGGUGAAAACGUGGAGGAUGGAAAUACGAUGAAUAAUAAUUUGCAAAUCGAUAGCGAUCUUGAAGAUAAUCCAAGAUUGGAGAUUGACGCUAGUCCUUCAUCACACGUUUCCAACGAUUCUAUCGAUCAUUCAGGUAACCUCGAUACUCCUCAUGUCGAUGCACCUGAGGUUCCCGAAUCGUCAUCAAAUGGGAAUGCCGCCACAGUCUCCAAGAAAAGAAAAUUGUUCAACGUCGAAGAAUUCCUCAAUAGAACCGAGCAACAGAAGGUUAAAAAGAAGAAAGUCAGAAGGAAUGUGGACAAUGACGACGACGACGACGAUAACAGAACUGAAGCUAUCGAUGUUGAUCCGACUUCAAAUGAAACCGGUUCGCGUAAAAAAAUCAAAAAAAGAAAAAUCCAAAGAAUCGUGGACGACGACGAUGACAUGAAUGGUUCUCAAGUCGACGACAUCAUCGAAGAACAGUCCAGCUCGAUGAAUAACAAAAGCAAAAACCGUACUCAACGUAAAAAAGACAGAAAGAAAAUCAGUAAAAUACUCGAAGAUGACGACGAUAGCGACGACUUGUUGAGUAAACCUCGUAAAUCUGACGACGAUUCGUCUUCUUCAGAUGACGAUAACUACAACAGUCAUCAAUUGGCCAAGAAGAAGAAAGUUCAGCCAAUUGUGGACGAUGACGACGACAACGAUGAUAUCCAACGUGAUGUUGAAACCAGUCGUAAGCCAAUUAGUAUUGAUUUGUCGUCGGAUGAUGAAGUUCCUGAUAGUUCACAGUCUGUUAGCAAAGAUGAGCAGGUCCGAAAAGUCGAUAAUACUCGUAAUGACGAAAGAGAUGAAGGAAUUAAAACUACCGACGGCGAUGAUCCUUCACCUUCGAGUAAUGGAAUUCGUGAUGAUUCGUCGCAACCAAAAAUCAAAAAGAAGAAAAUCCAACGAAUUGUGGAUGAUGAUGACAGCGAAAAUGAUGAAAUUGUGGAUACGAAUAACGAAGUUUCUUCGAGUAUCGAUGUCGAUAAAUCUUCGCCUAAGAAAAACUCCAUCAGUCUGAUUGACUCGGAUUCAGAUACGGAAAAUGUGUCUACUAAACCGAAAAAGUCCGUUUCAUUGGCAUACAGCGAUGAUUCUGAUGCUGAAAUGCUAUCCGCUCCUUUCAAGAAGUCUGGCGGUUUGGAAAGUGACAGCGAAUAGGCUUUGAGUUUUAAUUUUACUACGUACGGUUUAGAUUUUUAUUCUAUUUUUAGUCAUUAGUUUUUUUUUUAAAAUUACGAUUUUUAUGAUUUGCUUUAAUUUUGAUUUAAAAUAAAACGUUUUUUGGA